UCACCAUGUCUGACUCCGAUUUCGAAGCCGUCCGGAGGCUCCAAGCUGAGCGGAAUGCCGCUGCAGCUGGAAAAAAGGCCUCCCUGACUGAAUCCUUCGACACCACCCUUUACGAACGCGAAGGCGCCGACAGGUUUGCGGGCUACGACACUUCGAUCGCCGUCAAUGGUGAUGACGAGGAGAUGGAGGAUGCGGAUGGUGGCCACCGUCUGGUGGGACAGUACACCGCAACCAAGAGUCAGAUGGAUGAAUUUGCCCACGGUAAUGGAGUGGAGGAAGAAGACAUCCUUCUCGGCCGCGAGAAGGCGGCGAGGAUUGCAGACCGCGAGACAGACUACCAAAAGCGUCGAUUCAACCGUGGCCCUUUGACCCCCACCAGAGCGGACCCUUUCGCUGCAAACACUCAUGCGAACGUUGAGGGAGAGGGCCAGACGUAUCGUGAAGUCAUGGCUCUGCGUGAGCUUGAAAAAGAAGAAGAGCGUGUUCAGAAGCUGAUCGCAGAAAAACAGGCCAGUGGUGAGAACGAUGUCGCAGAACAUGAGGCCACGUUGAAGUUGGAGGACAAAGAAAACGCUGACGCCGGCUCGACCGUCUCCGUUGCUACGGGACGCAAGCGCAAGCAACGAUGGGAUGUGGCUUCCGAGUCGACCGAAGCAGCUCCUGAGGCUCCCGAGCCCCAAGAGGCAAAGAAGAAAUCACGCUGGGAUCAAACGCCCUCCCUUCCGGUCCCGGGCGCCGCCGAGGAAGCACCUAAACGUCGAUCGCGAUGGGACCAGGCGCCAUCUAUCACAUCAGCCACCCCUGUUGGCAACCAGGGGCUCGCGACUCCUAUGCACCCUUCGCAAGCAGGUGCCGCGCUGAUUCCAACCAGCUUUGGAACUGAUAUCUCUGGCCGCAAUGCCCCCUUGUCGGAUGAGGAGCUUGACAUGAUGCUCCCGGGCGAGGCCGAUGGUUACAAAAUCCUUGACCCCCCUCCGGGAUAUGCGCCAAUCCGAAACCCCGCAAGGAAACUCAUGUCGACACCGGCUCCCAUGGCCAGCGCGACAGGUGUCGGGGGCUUCAUGAUGCAAGAACCCGAAAGCGCCCGAGCUCUAGGCAAGCAGCUCCCAACAGAAAUCCCAGGAGUCGGCGAUCUUCAGUUCUUCAAGCCCGAGGAUAUGGCAUACUUCGGAAAGCUUAUGGAAGGUGGAGACGAGAGCGUGAUGUCCGUGGACGAGCUGAAGGAGCGAAAGAUCAUGAGGCUGCUGUUGAAGGUUAAAAACGGUACACCACCAAUGAGAAAGACUGCCCUGCGUCAACUCACAGAUAACGCACGUCAAUUUGGAGCCGGCCCCUUGUUUAACCAGAUCCUUCCGUUGCUCAUGGAGAAAUCGCUUGAGGACCAAGAGCGUCACUUGUUGGUCAAGGUCAUUGAUCGUGUUCUCUACAAGCUGGAUGAUCUUGUCCGCCCCUACGUGCAUAAGAUUCUCGUCGUCAUUGAGCCGUUGCUCAUUGACCAGGAUUAUUAUGCUCGUGUCGAGGGUAGAGAGAUCAUCUCCAACCUAGCAAAGGCAGCCGGUCUUGCUACCAUGAUUAGUACCAUGCGUCCCGAUAUCGAUCAUGUCGAUGAGUAUGUCAGAAAUACAACCGCCCGAGCAUUCGCCGUGGUCGCCUCUGCACUUGGUAUUCCCGCUCUCCUUCCCUUCCUCCGUGCUGUGUGUCGCAGCAAAAAAUCUUGGCAGGCAAGACACACUGGUGUCAAGAUUGUUCAGCAAAUCCCCAUCCUUAUGGGUUGUGCUAUUCUUCCUCAUUUGAAGGGUCUGGUGGACUGCAUUGCCGAUAAUCUUAGCGACGAGCAAGCCAAAGUCAGAACAGUUACCGCUUUAGCAGUAGCAGCCUUAGCUGAGGCAGCUAACCCCUAUGGUAUCGAAAGCUUCGAUGAGAUCCUCAAUCCUCUUUGGACGGGUGCUAGGAAGCAGCGUGGUAAAGGUCUAGCUGCAUUCCUUAAGGCUGUUGGAUAUAUCAUUCCUCUCAUGGACGAGGAAUAUGCCAAUUACUAUACCAGUCAAAUCAUGGAAAUUUUGCUCCGGGAGUUCUCUUCUCCGGAUGAGGAGAUGAAGAAGGUUGUUCUUAAAGUAGUGUCUCAGUGCGCCAGCACUGAUGGUGUGACAGCAAGCUACCUGAAAGAGCACGUUUUGACCGACUUCUUUAAGAGCUUCUGGGUAAGGCGAAUGGCUCUUGACAGGAGGAACUACCGCCAAGUUGUCGAUACCACCGUCGACCUUGGACAAAAGGUUGGCGUGGGUGAGAUCCUCGAGCGCGUCGUCAACAAUCUGAAAGAUGAGAGCGAGCCUUACCGGAAGAUGACGGUGGAAACUGUUGAGAAACUCAUUGCAGCCCUGGGCGCGGCGGAUAUUUCCGAGAGGCUAGAAGAGAGACUUAUCGACGGUGUUCUCUACGCCUUCCAGGAGCAGAGUAUUGAGGAUAUUGUGAUUCUGAACGGGUUUGGAACAGCGGUCAACGCACUUGGCACUCGUUGCAAGCCGUAUCUUCCGCAGAUCGUCAGUACUAUUCUUUGGAGAUUGAACAACAAGUCCGCCACUGUCCGUCAGCAGGCUGCAGACCUCAUUUCUCGCAUUGCAAUGGUUAUGAAGCAGUGUGGAGAGGAUGCACUGAUGGGGAAGCUUGGUAUUGUACUCUACGAGUACCUGGGUGAAGAGUACCCAGAGGUCCUUGGUUCCAUUCUGGGUGCUCUACGUUCCAUUGUCACCGUUGUCGGUAUCAACCAGAUGCAACCACCCAUUCGAGACUUACUUCCUCGCCUUACACCCAUCCUGCGGAACCGUCAUGAAAAGGUCCAGGAAAACACCAUCGACCUUGUCGGCCGUAUUGCAGACCGUGGUCCCGAGUCUGUCAAUGCUCGAGAAUGGAUGCGUAUCUGUUUCGAGUUGCUUGACAUGUUGAAGGCUCACAAAAAGGGUAUCCGUCGUGCGGCAAACAACACUUUUGGUUUCAUCGCCAAAGCAAUUGGUCCCCAAGAUGUUCUGGCAACAUUGCUUAACAACCUACGUGUACAGGAACGUCAGUCACGUGUUUGUACUGCUGUCGCCAUCGGUAUCGUGGCUGAAACUUGCGCCCCGUUCACUGUCCUUCCAGCCCUGAUGAACGAAUACCGCGUACCUGAAUUGAACGUCCAAAACGGUGUCUUGAAGGCCAUGUCCUUCUUGUUCGAGUACAUUGGCGAAAUGGCAAAGGACUACGUUUAUGCCGUUACGCCCCUUCUCGAGGAUGCUCUUAUCGAUAGAGACCAGGUGCACCGACAGACCGCCGCCAGCGUUGUCAAGCACAUUGCUUUGGGUGUGGUCGGCCUUGGGUGUGAAGAUGCAAUGGUCCAUCUUCUCAACUUAGUAUUCCCCAACAUCUUUGAAACCAGUCCUCACGUUAUCGACCGUGUUAUUGAAGCCAUUGAUGCUAUCCGUAUGGCUGUUGGCACGGGAGUGGUCAUGAACUAUGUCUGGGCAGGCCUGUUUCACCCUGCUCGCAAAGUCCGUACACCAUACUGGCGGCUUUAUAACGACGCAUAUGUGCAAAGCGCGGAUGCAAUGAUUCCAUAUUAUCCGACCUUGGAAGAUGAUGGCUUGGAGAGAUCUGAAUUUGAUCGGACGUCCGAUAUUGUGCUUCGUUCCCCCGCAUUGCUAUGCGGAUGCUCGGCGAAGGUCCGCGGCUACGAGAGUGUCUUGACUCAAUCUCCGACUACUCAGCUAUAUAUAUCCAAACCUAUUGCGAAAACAUCUAUCCUGAAUCAAACUCGAGCUCCAUUAGCAGUAAUGGCUCUCCCUCCUCACUGCGACGUCCUCGUCAUUGGAGGCGGCAAUGCCGGUUUCUGCGCCGCCAUAUCAGCAGUUCAAUCUGGUGCUCAGAAGGUGAUCAUCAUUGACAAAUGUCCUGAAAACUGGGCGGGAGGAAAUUCUUACUUCACUGCAGGAGCAUUCCGGACUACCCAUGGUGGUCUGGAGGAUCUCCUUCCUAUUGUGAAUAACGUUGAUCCGGCCACCGCGCAGAAGAUUGAUAUGAGUCCGUACACAGCGGCUGACUUCACGAAUGACAUGGAGCGAGUGACAGGAAAGAGGGCGGACCGUGAGCUCAGCCGAGUCCUCGUCGACGAUUCGAAUGCAACUGUCAAGUGGCUUGCGGAGAAUGGUGUUCGGUUCCAGCUUUCUUUUAACCGACAAUCGUAUGAGGUGAACGGUCGGAUCAAGUUCUGGGGGGGUCUAGCCUUGAAGACCCAGGAUGGAGGCAAAGGGCUCAUUCAAGACCACCUCCGGACGGCUCAGAAACUGGGUAUUGAUGUUUUCUUCUCAACGGCUGCAGAGAGGCUCGCCACAGACCCAGUGACCCGUGCUGUAUCGUCGGUGUCGGCUGUGCACCAUGGCCAAGUGAAGGUGAUCAAGACAAACGCCGUGGUACUCGCUGCUGGUGGUUUCGAAGCCAACUCACGGAUGAGAGCACAGUUUCUGGGGCCCCAUUGGGACACCGCCUUAGUUCGCGGUACCCCGUAUAAUUCGGGCGAAUGUCUCGAGAUAGCCAUCCGCGAUGUAUCAGCUAAACAAGUUGGCAACUGGUCCGGGUGUCACUGCGUGGCAUGGGACGCAAAUGCACCCGCCAAUACAGGGGACCGCGAGAUCUCCAAUGAGUUUACCAAGUCUGGCUACCCAUUAGGGAUCAUGAUCAACCGUCAAGGCUCUCGAUUUGUGGAUGAAGGCUCGGACCUACGCAACUACACCUAUGCUAUGAUCGGGCGACAAAUCCUGCAUCAGCCCGGUCAUGUUGCGUUCCAAAUCUGGGAUUCGCGGACAAUCUCCUGGCUGCGGGAGGAAGAGUAUCGACCAGAAGUGGUGCAGCACAUUACAGCAUCGUCGAUAUCAGAGCUGGCGGCGAAAUGUGCGGCGGAGCAUGGUCUGGAGGACAAGGAUCGGUUCGAGCGGACGAUCCAUGAGUUUAAUAACGCAGUUUAUGAGAGUCAACGGCUGAAUCCUGGCCAGCAAUGGGAUCCGGCCGUAAAGGACGGCCUCUCAACUCAGUCGAAUGCAUGUACACUCAGCGUCCCCAAGUCCAAUUGGGCGUUGCCUAUCGACCUGCCUCCGUUCCUGGCUGUAAAGGUCAGUGCGGGUAUCACCUUUACAUUUGGUGGUUUGGAGGUGAAUCCAGAGACAGCUGCUGUGGUUUCGUCUACGACGAACUGUGAAAUCCCUGGGCUAUACUGCGCUGGGGAGAUGGUUGGGGGACUCUUCUAUGACAAUUAUCCCGGGGGUAGCGGGUUGACGUCGGGAGCGGUUUUUGGACGCAGGGCAGGGAGAGCUGCUGCCAGGGCUUCUACGAUUGCUGUCCGAUGA